GAACACGUGACGGCAAAUGGCCAGCGCGGCGCAAAACUGGUCGGGCCUGGUAACGCUUUGUCUGGGCCAGGAACGCGAGAAGAGACAGACGAGCAGCCAGCGCACAUCCCUGACCAAGUGCAAUGUGGCCGCAGCAUUGGGCGCGCCGCCAAAGGCGCCUGUGCGCUAUAUGCCCAGCUAUCGGCUGGAGCCAAAGAAUCCCCUGAACACGGAACGCUUGGAGCUGACCAUGCGCACCAUCAUGAACAAGAACUAUAACGAGGAUUAUCUGUUCCAUCCGCGACAGUCCUAUCAUCUGGCUGCCCAGGUCAGCGAAGAGAUUAAGAACAGCAUCAAACUGCUGAAUUUCGACAGGUGGGCUACUGAUCCUCCUUCCCAAAUUGCCCUAAACCUUUGCCUUGUGCCUGCCCAGAUAUCGUUACGUUGUGCUGGUGACCGUUGGCGAGCUGCUGAUGCAGGGCCUCUGCUCCAUGGUGAACUUCCUGUGGGAUGCCGACAAAGAUGGCUUUGUCACCUACACGAUCGAGACGCCCAAAUUUGUGGCUGUCUGCACCAUAUUCUAUUUGUACUACGAUUGAGUGUGUAGGGUAUCUAAAACCAGAAUAAAUAAAUAUAUAAGAACGAAUAUUAACAAGAAAAAGUGGAAAAUGGAUAUAGAAUAAGUAGGAUAAAAAUGAA